AUGGGUUUAAGCUUCUCCAGACUUUUCUCUGAACUCUUUGGCAAGAAAGAGAUGCGCAUCUUGAUGGUGGGUCUUGAUGCUGCUGGUAAAACGACCAUCUUGUACAAGCUCAAGUUGGGUGAAAUUGUCACCACUAUUCCUACCAUCGGUUUCAACGUGGAGACGGUUGAAUACAAGAACAUUUCUUUCACUGUAUGGGACGUGGGAGGUCAAGACAAGAUCCGUCCUUUGUGGAGACAUUACUUUCAAAAUACUCAGGGCAUCAUCUUUGUUGUCGAUUCCAACGAUCGGGACCGUGUUUCCGAAGCACGUGAUGAAAUGCAACGUAUGCUCAAUGAGGAUGAACUCCGGGAUGCCAUCUUGCUCGUCUUUGCAAAUAAGCAGGAUUUGCCAAAUGCUAUGAAUGCUGCCGAGAUUACCGACAAGCUUGGUCUUCACUCACUUCGCAACAGACAAUGGUAUAUCCAGACCACUUGUGCCACUAGCGGUGAUGGUCUUUAUGAAGGCUUGGAAUGGCUCUCGAACAACUUGAAGAGGAGAAAUUAG